CUCUGAAAAAUGAGACAAGCGUCAUGGCGGUAGAGCACAUGUGCGCCUGUGCAGUCCCUCCCUCAUCAGUGUAGCAGACACACGGAAGCAGCGUGAGCUUUGGUGGUGUUUCUGUCGAGGAAAAUCUAGAGAGGGUUAGAGGAGAGGGUCAAACAAAUGUGACAAAUAAAGUAUCAGUGAUGAUAGAGUUUAUCAAAGGAGAGAGAUCAGAGGCAAGCUGAUUCCUGAUCUCUCAACAAGCCAUGCUGGGUUUUCAGUGAAAUUUGCCUCAUCUCACAGAGUAGCUAAGAUUUUACUCAUUGGUCUUGCCUGGUGCAUCUCAUUUCAACCUCCAUCAUGUCGCUGCUGACUCAUGUACUGGCGUGCCUUUUUGGGAUGGGUUCCUGGGUGGCCAUCAAUGGGAUGUGGGUGGAGCUCCCCUUAGUUGUACCAGAAAUCCCAGAGCAUUGGUACCUGCCCUCCUAUCUCACAGUCCUUAUUCAAAUGGCCAACAUAGGCCCUUUGCUCAUCACCCUGUUGCACCGUUUCUGUCCAGGUACGCUGGACGAAAGACCUGUCAUCUACUUUAUUGUAGGUUUGGGGAUUGUUGUUACAUUCCUGCUAGCUUUUUUCUGGAAGCACACAGUGGCAAUAGCAGGCUCCCUGCACAGUGUGCCCCUGCUGAUUUUAAGUUUUCUGCUAUCUGUGGUAGACUGCACAUCAUCUGUCACAUUCCUGCCUUUCAUGAUGCGCCUACGUCCACAAUAUCUCACUACGUACUUUAUAGGUGAAGGCCUCAGUGGUCUGGUACCUGCACUAGUGGCUUUGAUUCAGGGUGUUGGUAUAGUCCAUUGUCAAAAUGUCACCUUGUCUGGAAACUCUUCAGCUGAUAAUUUUAGUACGUUGGGCAGUGAUGAACUACAAGCUGUCUAUGAGCCAGCCAAAUUCUCUGUCCGGGUUUUCUUUGUCUUCCUCAGUGCCAUGAUGGUUGUGUGCCUGUUGGCCUUUAUCCUUCUCAACCACUACCCAGCUGUGGCUAGGGAGAGAAAAAGUGACCAGUACUUUAGUAGGGAUCUGGAAAAUGAGAAGAGAGAGCAAGGCUUUUCUCUUCAUGCUCAGUCACCAGAGCAGAAGCCAAUGCUCAACACCCUGGACUCUGUCCAGAAGGAACCCAGAAGUUCAUUUGGAAAGGGAACUUACAGCAACUUAGAAGUGGUGUUCAUCUUUGUUAUGUUGGCUUGGGUCAAUGCUCUGACCAAUGCAGUGCUCCCCUCAAUUCAGUCUUACUCCUGUCUGCCUUAUGGAAACACAGCCUACCAUCUGGCUGCCACCAUGGCUGCUGUUGCUAACCCUUUCGCCUGCUUCAUUGCCAUGUUUAUGUCAAUAAGGUCUCUUGCUUUUAUGAGUCUUUUGACCAUUGUUGGUACUGGUUUUGGAGCCUACAUCAUGGCCAUGGCUGCUCUGAGCCCCUGUCCAUUGCUGGUGAACACUACCUCUGGAACUUUUAUAAUAGUGCUGACCUGGAUCCUGUUUGUUCUGUUGCUGUCUUAUGUGAAGGUUAUCAUCGGUGUGAUUCUGAGAGAUGAAGGUCACAGCGCUCUUGUGUGGUGUGGUGCUGUGGUGCAGCUGGGCUCAAUGCUUGGUGCUGUAUCCAUGUUUCCGCUAGUCAGUGUCUAUGGACUUUUCAAGUCAGGUGAUGCUUGCAACACCAAGUGUCCAUUGUAGACAACAUAUUGUACAUGUUGAAGUGCAACACUGAUGUACAAAAUUUAGAAUAAAUUGCACUUAUUUUUGUUACAAAGAACUCAAUACAGCAAUCAGCUUACAUUCCAACGUGUUGAGGAUGAAUGAAGGACACUCCUCAUUUGUGGCAUUUGGUUUGUUUUUAUUUAUUGACUAUGGAGUAAGAAGCUACAAUCAAGCAAUCAAUAAAUAUAUACAUUCAGCAAAUAUGUUAAUUUCUUCAGAUUACAAAAGAUUUAACCUGAAAGUACUUUAUGAACAUGUUACAAUUUCUUGCACAGCUGAAAAACACAUUACUUGAAAUUUCAGGAUGCCGUAAAUGUAAAUUGAUCAACACUUCUGGCUUGAAAAUGUGCCUUGAUUUUGAACAAUAAAAACAUCCACUUCGUCUUUGUUAUGGGUAGACCUGUUUUAACUUGCUUUGUUUAUGUUACUGGAACUUUUCUAAAUUAAAUGUUAUUUUGGUUGAUUCUG